UUUUUUAGACCGUCUCCCUCUUCCCCUUGGCUUCAGUGUUUCCUCAUUGAUGCAAGAUUAAGCAGGCAGCAUAUUUGGGUCAAGGAGAGCGAUGUUUGCUAAUAGAGAUGCUGGGCGCAGCAUUCUGGGAGAGUGACUUCCCACAGCACAGGAUCCUUUGUGCCUUCAGCCGCAUCUGCAGCAGGGUGGCUGUCUGGCACUGUCUCUUUCAUUUUGGGCAGGUUGUGAGGCUCAGAGCAAUCCCCGGCAAAUCGGAGGAGCCAGCACUUCCCACCAGCCCCAGGUUAAUCUUCUGCACAUGUGUUCUCUGUGUAGCAGGGGAGCAGCUCACCGGAGAACAACGGUACUCUCACGGUCUUGGCACAUCUGAGGCAAAGCCAAAGCUCAUCGAGCCACUUGACUACGAAAAUGUCAUCGUGCAGAAGAAGACCCAGAUCCUGAAUGACUGUCUGCGGGAGAUGCUCCUCUUCCCUUAUGAUGACUUCCAGACGGCUGUCCUGAGGCGGCAGGGGCGGUAUGUACGGUCCACGGUCCCCUCGAACGCAGAGGAGGAGGCACAGAGCUUAUUUGUCACUGAGUGCAUCAAAACCUACAACUCUGACUGGCAUCUUGUGACCUAUAAAUAUGAAGAUUACUCAGGAGACUUUCGACAGCUUCCGAGCAAACUGGCCAAGUUGGAUAAACUUCCAGUUCACGUCUAUGAAGUUGAUGAGGAGGCCGACAAAGAUGAGGAUGCUGCUUCCCUGGGGUCUCAGAAGGGUGGGCUCACCAAACAUGGCUGGCUGUACAAAGGCAACAUGAACAGUGCGAUCAGCGUGACCAUGAGGUCAUUUAAGAGGCGGUUUUUCCACCUGAUUCAACUCGGUGAUGGAUCCUAUAAUCUAAAUUUUUAUAAAGAUGAAAAAAUCUCCAAGGAACCCAAAGGAUCCAUAUUCCUAGAUUCCUGCAUGGGUGUGAUUCAGAACAACAGAGUCAGGCGCUUUGCUUUUGAGCUCAAGAUGCAGGACAAAAGCAGUUACCUUUUGGCAGCAGACAGUGAGGCGGAGAUGGAGGAGUGGGUCACGGUUCUCAACAAGAUCCUCCAGCUCAACUUUGAAGCUGCAAUGCAAGAAAAGCGAAAUGGGGACUCUCAUGAAGAUGAUGAACAAAGCAAACUGGAAGGUUCCGGUUCCGGUUUGGAUAGCUACCUGCCUGAACUUGCCAAGAGCACCAGAGAAGCAGAAAUCAAACUGAAAAGUGAGAGCAGAGUGAAGCUUUUUUACUUGGACCCAGAUGCCCAGAAACUUGACUUCUCAUCCGCUGAGCCAGAAGUGAAGCCAUUUGAAGAAAAGUUUGGGAAAAGGAUCCUUGUCAAGUGCAACGAUUUGUCUUUCAAUCUGCAAUGCUGUGUUGCUGAAAAUGAGGAAGGACCCACUACAAAUGUCGAGCCUUUCUUUGUCACCCUGUCCCUGUUUGACAUAAAAUACAACCGAAAGAUUUCCGCUGACUUCCACGUGGACCUGAAUCAUUUCUCAGUGCGGCAGAUGCUGGCCCCCACAUCCCCAGCUCUGAUGAACGGCGGCCAGAGCCCACCUGCCUUCCAGGAUGCCCUUCAUGCAGCAGCCAUGCAGUAUCCGAAGCAGGGAAUAUUUUCAGUCACGUGUCCUCAUCCAGAUAUAUUUCUCAUGGCCAGAAUUGAGAAGGUCCUCCAAGGAAGCAUCACGCAUUGCGCUGAGCCAUAUAUGAAAAGCUCAGACUCGUCUAAGGUUGCUCAGAAGGUGCUGAAGAAUGCCAAACAGGCAUGCCAAAGACUAGGACAGUACAGAAUGCCGUUUGCUUGGGCAGCAAGGACAUUGUUCAAGGAUACAUCUGGAAACCUGGACAAAAAUGCCAGAUUUUCUGCCAUCUAUCGGCAAGACAGCAAUAAGCUUUCAAAUGACGACAUGCUCAAGCUACUCGCAGACUUCCGGAAACCUGAGAAGAUGGCCAAACUCCCAGUGAUUUUGGGCAAUCUAGACAUCACGAUCGAUAACGUCUCCUCUGACUCCCCCAAUUAUCUGAAUUCAUCAUACAUUCCCAUGAGGCAAUUCGAAGCCUGCAGUAAAUCUCCGCUCACCUUUGAAGUAGAGGAGUUUGUGCCCUGUAUACCCAGACACACCCAGCCUUAUACUGUCUAUAGCAAUCACCUUUACGUUUACCCGAAGUACUUGAAAUAUGACAGUCAGAAGUCUUUUGCUAAGGCCAGAAAUAUUGCUAUUUGCAUUGAGUUCAAAGAUUCCGAUGAAGAAGAUUCUCAACCUCUGAAGUGCAUUUACGGCAGACCUGGUGGCCCAGUGUUCACGAGAAGUGCCCUUGCUGCGGUUCUACACCAUCAACAAAACCCAGAAUUCUAUGAUGAGAUCAAGAUAGAACUGCCAACCCAGCUACAUGAGAAGCACCAUCUGCUGUUCACCUUCUUCCACGUCAGCUGCGAUAACUCGACUAAAGGGAGCACGAAGAAGAAGGACGCUGUUGAAACACAAGUUGGCUAUUCCUGGCUUCCGCUCCUGAAAGACGGAAGGGUGUUGACAAAUGAACAGCAUAUCCCUGUCUCAGCCAAUCUUCCAUCUGGCUACCUUGGCUACCAGGAGCUCAGCAUGGGCAGGCAUUAUGGUCCAGAAAUUAAGUGGGUGGAAGGAGGCAAGCCUCUGUUGAAAAUUUCCACUCAUCUGGUUUCCACCGUGUACACUCAGGAUCAGCAUUUACAUAACUUUUUCCAGUACUGUCAGAAAACGGAAUCUGGAGCCCAAGCCUCAGGGAAUGAACUUGUAAAAUACCUUAAGAGUCUGCAUGCAAUGGAAGGCCAUGUGAUGAUCGCCUUCCUGCCCACCAUCCUAAACCAGCUGUUCCGAGUCCUCACCAGAGCCACUCAGGAGGAGGUUACAGUUAAUGUGACUCGGGUCAUUAUUCAUGUGGUUGCCCAGUGCCAUGAGGAAGGAUUGGAGAGCCACUUGAGGUCAUAUGUUAAGUUUGCCUAUAAGGCCGAGCCGUAUAUUGCCUCUGAAUAUAAGACGGUGCACGAGGAACUGACCAAAUCCAUGACCACCAUUCUCAAGCCUUCCGCUGAUUUCCUUACCAGCAACAAACUUCUUAAGUACUCGUGGUUUUUCUUCGAUGUGCUGAUAAAGUCCAUGGCUCAGCAUUUGAUAGAAAACAACAAAGUGAAGUUACUACGGAACCAGAGAUUUCCAGCCUCCUACCAUCAUGCGGUGGAGACUGUGGUGAACAUGCUGAUGCCACACAUUACACAGAAGUUUCGAGAUAACCCGGAGGCAUCUAAGAACGCGAACCACAGCCUAGCUGUGUUCAUCAAGAGAUGCUUCACCUUCAUGGACAGGGGCUUUGUCUUCAAGCAGAUCAACAACUACAUCAGCUGCUUUGCUCCUGGAGACCCCAAGACUCUUUUUGAGUACAAGUUUGAGUUUCUCCGUGUGGUGUGCAACCAUGAACACUAUAUUCCUUUGAACUUGCCGAUGCCGUUUGGAAAGGGCAGGAUUCAGAGAUACCAAGCUUUUCUCUCACCAACUGUGGAGUCAAAUGACACUCCUGUAGAUCUCCAGCUUGACUACUCCUUAACAGAUGAGUUCUGCAGAAACCACUUCUUGGUGGGAUUGUUGCUAAGGGAGGUGGGUACUGCCCUCCAGGAGUUUCGGGAGGUCCGCGUCAUUGCCAUCAGCAUGCUGAAGAACCUGCUGAUAAAGCAUUCUUUCGAUGACAGAUACACUUCAAGGAGCCAUCAGGCAAGGAUAGCCACUCUCUACCUGCCUCUGUUUGGUCUGCUUAUUGAAAAUGUCCAGCGAAUCAAUGUGAGGGACGUGUCCCCCUUCCCUGUGAACCCAGGCAGUAUUGUGAAGGACGAGCCCCUUGCCGUACCAGCUGGGAAUCCACUUAUGACGCCGCAGAAGGGAAACACACUUGACCACAGCCUGCACAAAGACCUCUUGGGUGCCAUCUCUGGCAUUGCAUCUCCAUAUACAGCCUCCACCCCCAACAUCAACAGUGUGAGAAACGCUGAGUCAAGAGGGUCUCUCAUCAGCACAGACUCGGGCAGCAGCCUUCCCGACAGGAACCCUGAGAAGAGCAAUUCCCUGGAUAAGCAUCAGCAGAGUGGCACGCUGGGAAAUUCUGUGGUUCGCUGUGACAAACUGGACCAGUCCGAGAUUAAGAGUCUGCUGAUGUGCUUCCUCUAUGUGCUGAAAAGCAUGUCUGACGAUGCGCUGUUUACAUACUGGAACAAGGCUUCAACUGCUGAACUGAUGGACUUCUUUACAAUAUCUGAAGUCUGCCUGCACCAGUUCCAGUACAUGGGGAAGCGCUACAUAGCCAGGAACCAGGAGGGGUUGGGACCCAUAGGUCAUGAUCGAAAGUCUCAGACAUUGCCUGUUUCCCGUAACAGAACAGGAAUGAUGCAUGCCAGAUUGCAGCAGCUGGGCAGCCUGGAUAACUCUGUCACUUUUAACCACAGCUAUGGCCACUCAGAGGCGGAUGUCCUUCACCAGUCACUUCUCGAAGCCAACAUUGCUACCGAGGUUUGCCUCACCACCCUGGACACGCUCUCUCUGUUCACACUGGCUUUUAAGAACCAGCUCUUGGCUGACCAUGGACAUAAUCCUCUCAUGAAGAAAGUUUUUGAUGUCUACCUGUGUUUUCUUCAAAAACACCAGUCAGAAAUGGCUUUAAAAAAUGUCUUUACUGCCUUAAGGUCAUUAAUUUAUAAGUUCCCCUCAACGUUCUAUGAGGGGCGAGCAGACAUGUGUGCCUCUCUGUGCUACGAGGUGCUCAAAUGCUGUAACUCCAAACUGGGCUCUAUCCGGACCGACGCUUCCCAGCUGCUGUACUUCCUGAUGAGGAACAACUUUGACUACACGGGGAAGAAGUCCUUUGUCCGGACACACUUACAGGUCAUCAUUUCUGUCAGCCAACUGAUUGCAGACGUGGUUGGCAUUGGAGGAACCAGAUUCCAGCAGUCCUUGUCCAUCAUCAACAACUGUGCCAACAGUGACCGGCUCAUCAAGCACACCAGCUUCGCCUCUGACGUGAAAGAUUUGACCAAGAGGAUCCGCACAGUCCUGAUGGCCACAGCCCAGAUGAAGGAGCAUGAGAAUGACCCAGAGAUGCUGGUGGACCUCCAGUACAGCCUGGCUAAGUCCUAUGCCAGCACCCCUGAGCUCAGGAAGACAUGGUUGGACAGCAUGGCGAGGAUCCAUGUUAAAAAUGGAGAUCUCUCAGAGGCAGCCAUGUGCUAUGUCCACGUAACAGCCUUGGUGGCAGAGUAUCUCACGAGGAAGGAAGCUGACCUAGCACUCCAGCGGGAACCAUCUGUCUUCCCCCACAGCCAUAACCCGUGCCAGAGGAAGAGCCGGGGAGGCAUGUUCAGACAGGGAUGCACAGCCUUCCGGGUUAUCACACCGAACAUCGAUGAAGAGGCUUCCAUGAUGGAAGACGUUGGGAUGCAGGAUGUCCAUUUCAAUGAGGAUGUACUGAUGGAGCUGCUGGAGCAGUGUGCAGAUGGACUUUGGAAGGCCGAGCGCUACGAGCUGAUCGCUGACAUCUAUAAGCUUAUCAUCCCCAUCUAUGAGAAGCGGCGGGAUUUCGAGAGGCUCGCCCAUCUGUACGACACGCUGCACCGGGCCUACAGCAAGGUGACGGAGGUCAUGCACUCCGGCCGCAGGCUCCUGGGGACCUACUUCCGGGUGGCCUUCUUCGGACAGCAAUACCAGUUUACAGACAGUGAAACAGAUGUGGAGGGUUUCUUUGAAGAUGAGGACGGGAAGGAAUAUAUCUACAAAGAACCAAAACUCACGCCUCUGUCGGAAAUUUCUCAGAGACUCCUUAAGCUUUACUCAGAUAAAUUUGGUUCUGAAAAUGUCAAAAUGAUACAGGAUUCUGGCAAGGUUAACCCGAAGGACCUGGAUUCCAAGUUUGCUUACAUCCAGGUGACCCAUGUGACCCCGUUCUUUGAUGAGAAGGAGUUACAAGAGAGGAAAACGGAGUUUGAGAGAUGUCACAAUAUCCGGCGCUUCAUGUUUGAGAUGCCUUUCACCCAGACCGGAAAGCGGCAGGGCGGCGUGGAGGAGCAGUGCAAGCGGCUGACCAUCCUGACAGCGAUCCACUGCUUCCCCUACGUGAAGAAGCGGAUUCCUGUCAUGUACCAGCACCACACUGACCUGAACCCCAUCGAGGUGGCCAUUGACGAAAUGAGCAAGAAGGUGGCCGAGCUCCGCCAGCUGUGCGCCUCGGCUGACGUGGACAUGAUCAAACUGCAGCUCAAGCUCCAGGGCAGCGUGAGCGUCCAGGUCAACGCUGGUCCACUAGCAUAUGCCCGGGCCUUCCUCGAUGACACCAACACAAAGAGAUACCCUGACAACAAGGUGAAGCUGCUAAAGGAAGUUUUCAGGCAAUUUGUGGAGGCUUGUGGUCAAGCCCUGGCGGUAAAUGAACGUCUGAUUAAAGAAGACCAGCUGGAGUACCAGGAGGAGAUGAAGGCCAACUACAGGGAAAUGGCCAAGGAACUCUCUGACAUCAUGCGUGAGCAGAUUUGCCCCCUGGAGGAGAAGACAAGCGUCCUACCAAACUCUCUGCACAUCUUCAACGCCAUCAGUGGGACGCCCACGAGCACAGUGGUUCAAGGGCUGACCAGCUCAUCCUCGGUUGUGUGAUCUUACCUCAUGAACCACGCGUAGGGACAUGCUCUGUCAUGUGCAAACUCAGGAUGACCUCCAGAACUGAUCACUGGUGUGGCCCAGCACAGGAGGAAGCCAUGGGGAGCCGGGUCGAGAGGGAGCCUGGACUGUGGUAUUUAGUAGCAGAUUUAUAGGAGUUGGGGGAAGGUGCACAUAUUUUUUAAAUCUCACUGGCAAUAUUUAGUUUUCCUCAUGUCUUAACAGGAGUAUGUGGUGGACACUCUUAAGCUGUAGUUCAGUUUUAUUCUUUUUACAGCAUAGUAUUAAAUGACCUAAAGGAAAAAGGAAACUGUUGUAGGACAUUUUUAGCAGACGCAACAAGCACUGAAACUGAGGCUGGGAACUAAGCUGGAAAAAAUCUUGAAAAUAUUUUUUUCCUGUGGCACAUUCAGGUUGAGUACAAGAACUAUUUUUGUGUCUAGUUUUUGAUGACUGAAGGGAAUUGACUAUUGUAACUUUUGUACUCGUGAACGAGGAGACACAGAGCCUUUAUAUUCAUGCCUUGUGUUGAAAACAUGAGAGCUUAAGAAGCUGUAUGUGAGCCUAAGCCUAGUCGAGCCGCGUAGAACCAAAGGCCUGUACUAACAAACACUACGCUAAAACCUAAAACCCAGUGUACAUACAGUUUGUUAAUGCAGCCUCCUCGCUGUGUUCACAUGCCUAUCACAUUUCUACGUUUUUAAUACAUCCACUUCCACGAUGUUCUUUGUGAGCCCUGUGCUGUUCUCGGUAUAUGCAAGCACAUUGGAUUUUACGUGUUUUAUUCUUGUACAUAAGAAGUGCAAUAUGGAGAUGUAUACAGUCUUUGCUAUAUAUUAGGUUUAUAAAUUGUUGAAAGAAUUUUCAUCCUUUUGCCAAAAUGGUGGAGUAUGUGAUUGGUAAACCCUGAAUCCUGUGGUGAGUUGGGAUAAUUUAAAAUUUUCACCAUGUUAUAUUUUCUUUGAAGACUUUAAUUCAGUAAUUUUAUAUUUGGAAAAAUAAAGGAUUUUAAUUUAACUGGAAUCACUGCCCUGCUGUAAUUAAAUAUCCUGUACCCCAACUGUAUUAAAAAUAACAUUGCUGAUUUUCUGGUAAUAAACACUGGAUAUUUGUU